AUGAAGACCCGCACAGACGCUCACUGCUCGGUACGAAGACCCGCACAGACGCUCACUGCUCGGUACGAAGACCCGCACAGACGCUCACUGCUCGGUACGAAAACCUGCACAGACGCUCACUGCUCGGUACGAAGACCCACACAGACGCUCACUGCUCGGUACGAAGACCCGCACAGACGCUCACUACUCGGUACAAAGACCCGCAGAUACGCUCGCUGUUCGGUACGAAGACCCGCACAGACGCUCACUGCUCGGUACAAAGACCCGCACAGACGCUCACUGCUCGGUACAAAGACCCGCACAGACGUUCACUGCUCGGUACGAAGACCCGCACAGACGCUCACUGCUCGGUACGAAGACCCGCACAGACGCUCACUGCUCGGUACAAAGACCCGCAGAUACGCUCGCUGUUCGGUACGAAGACCCGCACAGACGCUCACUGCUCGCCCAGCGCCUGUUUGGCCCAGAGGCUUCCCACACGGCUCCCAGGCACCGCGGCGGACGCUAAACUGCCCCGAGAUGCCCCGCUCUGGCCCAGGCCUGUUACCCCCGAGUGUGGAUCCCUACAACACGGUUUCUGGGUCACUGCAGUAA